AUGGCUAUGUAUGAUUACAGGAGUUCAGGCAAGAGAUCUGUUGAGCAAAAGAUACUCCCGAAGGAAAAUGAAGCCCUCCAUUCGGCAGCUCAGACUGUCAAUUCACCAUUUACAAAUGAGAUCUUGAAUGCUCCAAAUCCAAAAAAAUUCUCUAUGCCAAUUUUUACUUUGUUCGAUGGAACGAGCGAUCUAAUCGAGCAUGUUUAUCAUAUUCAGCUAAAAAUGGCUCUGAACACAGAAAAUGAUCCUUUAAUGUGCAAAGUUCUUCCUACAAGCCUAACCGGACCAGCGCUCAAUUGGUUCAAGAACUUGGCAAGAGGAUCGGUGGAAAGCUUCCAGAACUCAUGCGAUAGAUUCAUAAGCCAGUAUGGAAAUAAGCAGCCAGUCAAGGAUAUAUCAAGUCUGUUUACAAUGAAACAGCUAGAAGGCAAACGUCUCCAGACUUUUCUCACAAGGUUUAACAUAGAAAAAAGCAUGGUAAUAGAGUGUCAUCCAUCCAUGGUGGUUCAAGCAUUCAAACUGGCCAUGAACCGAGGGACACCGUUCCACACAAAUCUUGUGGUGAAUACACCGACGACUAUGGAUGAGCUGAACCAGAGAGCUGAUUGUUUUGUGCACUUAGAGGAAGAAGAAGCUACCAAUGCAAGAAAGACAUCUAUGGUCACAACGGAAGAGAAGACCAGAACGAAGAUUAGGCAAAACCAAGUUGCGCCACAGCGUCCAACCCCCUGGAAAGCAGAAAAGAGGCCUAGGGAGGAAAAAUCGAUCACUCCACUCAAAGUUAGCUUGGUGAGGAAUUUAAGAAGACAAUUAGAGAUGCAGAUAGCAAAGGGAGAGUUCGCUAGCUACCUUCAAGGACCAGCAGUAGAGCAAAACUGA